AUGUCGUCUCACGCGAGGGAACACAAACGGGUGUACCAGGCUUGUGAGCCUUGUAGGGAGAAAAAAGUGCGCUGCGAAUUGGGAUCGGCCGAUUGUCCGAAUAAACCACCUUGUGCGCGAUGCCAGAGAGAAGGUAAACAUUGUUUCUUUGCCGCAUCGCGGAUAAGAAAGAAUACCUCCACCAAGCGAAAGGCGGAAUCACCUCUCGUGCGAGAACCUACCAGGUCUCAUGCAAAUUUUUCCCCCAAUUCGACAAUUGUGUCUAACAGCAAUUUAAUUUCUCCCGUACAAGGAACAGACAGGUUUCCGGGAGAUGAACGUGCUGCAGCUGCUUUGCUUGAGGGUCACCCCCGAACUUAUCAUGACGCAUUGACAUUGCUAUCAGAGGCUUGUGAGCACAGUGAGGCCCGGAAGGAAUCGAUUGAUGGCUUACCACCAACCAAUCAUCCCUCCGCUGUUAGACCGGAUCCCACCGACUCACCUCUUGACAUUCAUCCAGGUCCUAGCACCUGCGAUAAAAGCACUGAUGGGGCACUUCGCGCCUGGUCGAACCUCCGUUUCGUGCGUGGCGGGCUUUUCACGGCAGAGGAAGCGCUGGACAUGGUUGAUCAUUUCUACAACUUCCAAUCUGCCUUCUCGCCCGUUGUACCGGAAUACUUUCGAUCUCAUUCCCACCACGCGACGCUGAUCGAGGAGGAGCCUGUAUUGACCAUCACCAUAUUGAUGAUUGGGUCGCGUUACCGAAAGUGGACGGGACCGGCUGCGGUCGCCCGCUCCUAUAUCGUUCAUGAUCGGAUUUGGAGAUAUCUACAGGGGAUGAUUUCACGGUUGUUCUGGUCAGAAGACCUGUUCGUGGGUGAAUUCUCUUCUCUGAGAGGCCCACGGCCGGCAUAUACGGAUAGUUGGUCUCACGGGUUUCGCACGUUGGGGACCUGCGAGGCAUUGUUGCUGUUGCUUGAUUGGCAUCCUCGGGCUCUCCAUUUUCCGCCCCCUGACGACGAUACGUCGUCGAUCGUGAUCCCUGGGCCGAAAAUAGCAUGCAAAGGUGCGUGCAAGACUGGUUAUCACGGGCCUGGGUCCGGACAUGAUUGGCUUGCUCGAUCAGAUCGGCUGUGCCACUCCAUGCUUUCUACUGUUUUGAUGCUGGCAACUGAGAUGGGUAUUCUCUGCGAGGAUAAUUCCUUUUGGCAAGAAGAUGACACUAGACACAACCAGGCAAAUAUCCUUCGUGACCAGGAGAGAAUUCACCGUAUACGGUGCUUGAUGUGGGUUUACGCGACCCAGCAACCCGGUCAACCAGGACGAAGAAAUCUGGCACAAUGCACUUCCAUCAAAAGUCCUGGAAUUAGGAAUGAUGAUGCAACAGAAUGCUGGAUGCGCGUCGCGACUAUAAUGAAGAAUGCGAACGACCUUCUCUUCGUCUCACCAGGAUAUACAGCAGAAAUCAUUCGCAAUGGACAGUAUCUCCAAAUUGUCCGGGGCCUUGAGCCACUUUUGAAUGAAUAUGUUAUUGAGUUUGAUAAUGCCAAGCUGACGAAACACACACGAUAUAUCUUAAAUAUUGAGUAUGAAUAUGCCCAACUCUGCGUUUUCAGUCUCGCUUUGCAAGCAGCCAUCAAUCGGAAUUCCCGUGAAGGUGCAAGUGGCAGACUGGAGAGCGGUUCACGGGGCGUUUCAACGGAAGAGGAGGGAAAGCAUUUAAGGGGAACUGUUAGAGCCGCUCGGACUAUUCUAAGAACGGUCCUCGACGAUCUUCUUCCCCGGGGAAGUUUGACGUAUAUUCCCGUUCGAUCAUACUCCAGGCUUCUGGGUGCAACUUUGAUUCUUCUCAAGUGCUGCGCGGCCGGCAUCAGCGAGAUCGACAUAACCAGUUCCAUUGAUCUAGUUCGGCGAGUCGCUGUUGGCCUUCGUAACUCUGCCAUCGAUGAUACGCACCUGAGUACGCGCUGGGGCGAUCUUCUCGAGACCCUCGCUAGUCGACUGCACUCGCGCUUGGCCCGGCCAACCAACCCGACAGCGUCUAAUUUGAGACUCCCAUCAUCAGCAACCCUACCAAAAGAUCACACCGAUAUCUCUCAGGCUUGGCAUGAAGCACAGCCAUCGACAAUGCAUUAUGCCCAUCCGUACAUUCAUGGUGGACCUGAUCUUGGAAACAACGGCCUUUUAGAUCUCAACCGGUCGAGUGCAGGUGAUACUAAACGUGACACGCAGUUCGAUGCCUGGUCGAUGUGGUGGGAUGAACAAUUUUCCCAGGUGAACCUUAACUACAUGCCUUGGUUUCCAACUUUGGGGCUCGUGGGUGGAAGCGAUCCCUCUUUCUCAAACGAUGCUGCCGAUAGUAUCUUUGAAAGUACUGGACCGACUCAUUGA